AGACGGCGGAGGCGCCCGUGGGAUGUGGAGAUCGCGCCCCCGGGGCCGCUGAGACUGCGCCCAGUGCCCCGAGUCCCGCACCAAGCCGAGCCCACGCCGAGUCGUAGUCGCCCACCCGGGGGCCCGGGCCGGGGAGAUCAGCAGCCUCCCCACAGGCAGCGUGAGGAGAGCCCGUGCCCCAGAAGCAGGAUGAGAAGAUGGCACACUUCCUGUUACCUCGGGGCACCAGCAGCUUCCGCAGGUUCACCCGGGAGUCCCUGGCGGCCAUCGAGAAGCGCAUGGUGGAGAAACAAGCCCGUAGCUCGGCUGCCUCGCAGGAGAGCCGAGAUGGGCUGCCCGAGGAAGAGACGCCCCGGCCCCAGCUGGACCUGCAAGCCUCCAAGAAGCUGCCGGAUCUCUAUGGCAACCCACCUCGCGAGCUCAUUGGGGAGCCCCUGGAAGACCUGGACCCCUUCUACAACACCCAAAAGACCUUCAUCGUGCUGAACAGAGGCAAGACCAUCUUCCGGUUCAGUGCCACCAACGCCUUGUAUGUCCUCAGUCCCUUCCACCCCAUCCGGAGAGCCGCUGUGAAGAUUCUGGUUCAUUCGCUCUUCAGCAUGCUCAUUAUGUGCACCAUCCUGACAAACUGCGUGUUCAUGGCCCAGCACGACCCUCCGCCCUGGACCAAGUAUGUCGAAUACACUUUCACUGCUAUUUACACCUUUGAGUCUCUGGUCAAGAUUCUGGCUCGAGGCUUCUGCCUGCAUGCAUUCACCUUCCUUCGGGACCCGUGGAACUGGCUGGACUUCAGCGUGAUUGUCAUGGCGUAUGUAUCAGAAAAUAUAAAACUAGGCAAUUUGUCGGCUCUUCGAACUUUUAGAGUACUGAGAGCUCUAAAAACGAUUUCAGUUAUCCCAGGCCUGAAGACCAUCGUGGGUGCGCUGAUCCAGUCCGUGAAGAAACUGGCUGACGUGAUGGUCCUCACAGUCUUUUGCCUCAGCGUCUUUGCCCUCAUUGGCCUGCAGCUCUUCAUGGGCAACCUGAGGCACAAGUGUGUGCGUAACUUCACCAUGCUCAAUGACACCAAUGGCUCUGUGGAAGCUGACGGUCAGGUCUGGGAAUCGCUGGACAUGUACCUCAACCAUACAGACAACUACCUACUGAAGAAUGGCACUACCGAUGUGUUACUGUGUGGCAACAGCUCAGAUGCCGGGACAUGUCCUGAGGGCUACCGGUGCCUAAAGGCAGGCCAGAACCCAGACCACGGCUAUACCAGCUUCGACUCCUUUGCCUGGGCCUUCCUUGCACUCUUCCGCCUGAUGACGCAGGACUGCUGGGAGCGCCUCUACCAGCAGACCUUAAGAUCUGCAGGGAAGAUCUACAUGAUCUUCUUUAUGCUUGUUAUCUUCCUGGGCUCCUUCUACCUGGUGAACUUGAUUUUGGCUGUGGUCGCCAUGGCCUAUGAGGAGCAAAACCAAGCAACCAUUGCUGAGACAGAAGAGAAGGAGAAGCGCUUCCAAGAAGCCAUGGAAAUGCUCAAGAAAGAGCAUGAGGCCCUCACCAUCAGAGGUGUGGACACUGUGUCCCGCAGCUCCUUGGAGAUGUCCCCUUUGGCCCCAGUAACUGCCCACGACAGAAGGAGCAAGAGGAGAAAACGAAUGUCUUCAGGGACGGAGGAGUGUGGGGAUGGCAGGUUCCCCAAAUCCGACUCAGAAGAUGGUCCCAGAGUAAUGAACCGCCUCAGCAUCACCCACGGUCUCAGCAGGACCUCCAUGAAGCCACGCUCCAGUCAUGGGAGCAUUUUCACCUUUCGCCGGCGGGACCUGGGUUCUGAGACAGACUUUGCAGAUGAUGAGAACAGUACGGCGGGGGAGAGCGAGAGCCACCGCACCUCACUGUUGGUGCCCUGGCCCCUGCGUCGGCCCAGCACCCAGGGUCAGCCUGGCCCCGGGCCACCAGCUCCAGGCCACAUCCUCAAUGGCAAAAGGAACAGUACCGUGGACUGCAAUGGGGUGGUCUCCUUGCUGGGGACAGGCGACCUUGAAGCCACGUCUCCAGGGAGCCGUCUCCUCCGCCCUAUGAUGCUGGAACGGCCCCCAGACACGACAACACCAUCAGAGGAGCCAGGUGGGCCCCAGAUGCUAACGCCCCAGGCUCCAUGUGUGGAUGGCUUCGAGGAGCCAGGAGAGCGGCAGCGGGCCCUCAGUGCGGUCAGCGUCCUCACCAGCGCCCUGGAAGAGCUGGAGGAGUCUCACCGCAAGUGCCCACCAUGCUGGAACCGCUUUGCCCAGCGCUACAUGAUCUGGGAGUGCUGCCCACUAUGGAUGUCCAUCAAGCAGGGAGUGAAGUUCAUGGUCAUGGACCCAUUCGCUGACCUCACUAUCACCAUCUGCAUCGUGCUCAACACACUCUUCAUGGCCUUGGAACACUACAACAUGACAACUGAAUUCGAGGAGAUGUUGCAGGUCGGGAACCUGGUCUUCACAGGGAUCUUCACAGCAGAGAUGACCUUCAAGAUUAUCGCCCUCGACCCCUACUACUACUUCCAGCAGGGCUGGAACAUUUUCGACAGCAUCAUCGUCAUCCUUAGCCUCAUGGAGCUAGGCCUGUCCCGCAUGGGCAACCUGUCGGUGCUGCGUUCCUUCCGCCUGCUUCGGGUCUUCAAGCUGGCCAAAUCGUGGCCCACCCUGAACACACUCAUCAAGAUCAUUGGGAACUCAGUGGGGGCACUGGGGAACCUGACGCUGGUACUUGCUAUCAUCGUGUUCAUCUUUGCUGUGGUGGGCAUGCAGCUCUUUGGCAAGAACUACUCAGAACUCAGGCACCGCAUCAGUGACUCAGACCUGCUGCCACGCUGGCACAUGAAGGACUUCUUCCACGCCUUCCUCAUCAUCUUCCGCAUCCUCUGUGGCGAGUGGAUCGAGACCAUGUGGGACUGCAUGGAGGUGUCCGGGCAGUCACUGUGUCUGCUGGUCUUCUUGCUUGUUAUGGUCAUUGGCAACCUUGUGGUUCUGAACCUCUUCCUGGCCUUGCUACUCAGCUCCUUUAGCGCAGACAACCUCACAGCCCCUGAUGAGGACGGAGAGAUGAACAAUCUGCAGCUGGCCCUGGCCCGCAUCCAGAGGGGCCUGCGCUUUGUCAAGAGGACCACCUGGGACUUCUGCUGUGGGCUCCUGCGCCGACGGCCCCAGAAGCCAGCUGUCCUUACCUCCCAAGGCCGGCUGCCCAGCUGCAUUGCUGCUUCUGGCUCCCCAGCACCCCAAGAGGUGGGGAAGGCACCCCUGGCCCGCAAGGAGACACGGUUUGAAGAAGGCAACCAUCCAGGCGAGGGGACUCCAGGGGACCCAGAGCCCGUGUGUGUCCCCAUAGCCGUGGCUGAGUCAGAUACGGAUGAUCAGGAGGACGAGGAAAACAGUCUGGGCUCAGAGGAAGAGUCUAGCAAGCAGCAGGAAUCUCAGCCUGUGUCCGGUGGCCCAGAGACACCCCUAGAGCCCAGGGCCUGGAGCCAGGUGUCAGAGACCGCCUCCUCUGAGCCAGAGGCUGGUGUGCCGGCAGACGGGCAGCAGCAGCGGGAAGCAGAGCCCCCCGCGCCAGGGUGCAUGGAGACCCACGAGGACAGUUUCUCCGAGGGUAGCACAGCAGACAUGACCAACACUGCUGACCUCCUGGAGCAGAUCCCUGACCUCGGAGAGGAUACCAAGGACCCAGAGGACUGCUUCACCGAAGGCUGUGUCCGGCGCUGCCCCUGCUGUGCAGUGGACACCACACAAGCCCCAGGGAAGGUCUGGUGGCGACUGCGCAAGACCUGCUACCGCAUCGUGGAACACAGCUGGUUCGAGACCUUCAUCAUCUUCAUGAUCCUGCUCAGCAGUGGAGCGCUGGCCUUCGAGGACAUCUACCUGGAGGAACGGAAGACCGUCAAGGUUCUGCUGGAGUACGCAGACAAGAUGUUCACCUACAUCUUUGUACUGGAGAUGCUACUCAAGUGGGUGGCCUACGGCUUCAAGAAGUACUUCACCAACGCCUGGUGCUGGCUCGACUUCCUCAUCGUGGACGUCUCGCUGAUAAGCCUAGUGGCAAACACCCUGGGCUUUGCCGAAAUGGGACCCAUCAAGUCCCUGCGAACGUUGCGUGCCCUCCGACCCCUGAGAGCCUUAUCACGAUUUGAAGGCAUGAGGGUUGUGGUCAAUGCCCUGGUGGGUGCCAUCCCAUCCAUCAUGAACGUCCUCCUGGUCUGCCUCAUCUUCUGGCUCAUCUUCAGCAUCAUGGGCGUGAACCUCUUCGCGGGGAAGUUUGGGAAGUGCAUCAACCAGACUGAGGGAGACCUGCCUCUGAACUACACCAUCGUGAAUAACAAGAGCCAGUGUGAAUCCUUCAACAUGACUGGCGAACUGUACUGGACCAAAGUGAAAGUCAACUUUGACAACGUGGGGGCUGGCUACUUGGCCCUGCUGCAGGUGGCAACCUUUAAAGGCUGGAUGGACAUCAUGUAUGCGGCUGUUGAUUCCAGGGGGUACGAAGAACAGCCCCAGUGGGAAUACAACCUCUACAUGUACAUCUACUUCGUCAUUUUCAUCAUCUUCGGAUCGUUCUUCACCCUGAACCUUUUUAUUGGUGUCAUCAUCGACAACUUCAACCAACAGAAAAAAAAGUUAGGGGGCCAGGACAUCUUCAUGACAGAGGAGCAGAAGAAGUAUUACAACGCCAUGAAGAAGCUGGGAUCCAAGAAGCCUCAGAAGCCCAUCCCUCGGCCCCUGAACAAGUACCAAGGCUUCAUAUUCGACAUUGUGACCAAGCAGGCCUUUGACGUCACCAUCAUGUUUCUCAUCUGCUUGAACAUGGUGACCAUGAUGGUGGAGACAGAUGACCAAAGCCCUGAGAAGGUCAACAUCUUGGCCAAGAUCAACCUGCUCUUCGUGGCCAUCUUCACGGGCGAAUGCAUCGUCAAGAUGACUGCCCUGCGCCACUAUUACUUCACCAAUAGCUGGAACAUCUUUGACUUCGUUGUUGUCAUCCUUUCCAUUGUGGGCACUGUGCUCUCAGAUAUCAUCCAGAAGUACUUCUUCUCCCCAACACUCUUCCGCGUCAUCCGUCUUGCCCGAAUCGGCCGCAUCCUCAGACUGAUCCGAGGGGCCAAGGGGAUCCGGACGCUGCUGUUUGCCCUUAUGAUGUCCCUGCCUGCCCUGUUCAACAUCGGGUUGCUGCUCUUCCUCGUCAUGUUCAUCUACUCUAUCUUCGGCAUGGCCAAUUUUGCAUACGUCAAGUGGGAAGCUGGUAUCGAUGACAUGUUCAACUUCCAGACCUUCGCCAAUAGCAUGCUGUGCCUCUUCCAGAUUACCACGUCAGCUGGCUGGGAUGGUCUCCUCAGCCCCAUCCUCAACACGGGCCCCCCAUACUGCGACCCCAACCUGCCCAACAGCAAUGGCUCCCGGGGGAAUUGUGGGAGCCCAGCUGUGGGCAUCCUCUUCUUCACCACCUACAUCAUCAUCUCCUUCCUCAUCGUGGUCAACAUGUAUAUUGCCAUCAUCCUGGAGAACUUCAGCGUGGCCACGGAGGAGAGCACUGAACCCUUGAGCGAGGAUGACUUUGAUAUGUUCUACGAGAUCUGGGAGAAGUUUGACCCCGAGGCCACCCAGUUCAUUGAGUACGCAGCCCUGUCAGACUUCGCCGACGCCCUGUCCGAGCCACUCCGUAUCGCCAAGCCCAACCAGAUAAACCUCAUUAACAUGGACCUGCCCAUGGUGAGCGGGGAUCGUAUCCACUGCAUGGACAUCCUCUUUGCCUUCACCAAGAGGGUCUUGGGUGAGUCUGGGGAGAUGGAUGCCCUAAAGAUCCAGAUGGAGGAGAAGUUCAUGGCGGCCAACCCAUCCAAGAUCUCCUACGAGCCCAUCACCACCACCCUCCGGCGCAAGCACGAGGAGGUGUCAGCCACGGUCAUCCAGCGAGCCUUCCGGAGGCACUUGCUGCAGCGCUCCGUGAAGCAUGCCUCCUUUCUCUUUCGGCAGCAGACAGGCAGCAGCGGCCUCUCUGAUGAGGAUGCCCCUGAACGAGAGGGCCUCAUUGCCUACAUGAUGAACGAGAACUUCGCCCGGCGCCUGGGCCCACCUUCCAGCUCCUCCAUCUCCUCCACAUCCUUCCCACCCUCCUACGACAGCGUCACCAGGGCCACCAGUGAUAACCUCCAGGUGCGGGUGUCUGAUUACAGCCGCAGUGAAGAUCUCGCAGACUUCCCCCCAUCACCGGACAGGGACCGCGAGUCCAUUGUGUGAGUCUUGGCUCCAGCUGGCCAGGAUACUGAGAGGAAGCCUGUUGCAUCAUGGCAAACCAGAAUGCAGUCGUGAAUGAGCGCCCACAGGGGCCUUCCUUCCUUUGGGUUUUGGGGUGAGAGGUGGGCCUCAGCCUCAUGACUCUACAAGGCAGAGUAAGUGGCACUCGCGUUGACAUCCUACCCAGUUG